AUGUUUGCAAACAGAUUUACAUCAGAGGACACUGAGUACCAGCAGUACGUGAAACGGCCUGCUGACCCCCCUCCUAUCGUGGAGGGCUGGAGGGGUGGAAACCAUAGAGGAAGAGACAGGAGGUACCAGGACCAUCAAGGAGGUCGAGGUUGGGGUAGAGACCGCUAUGGCAGAGGAGCGUAUCACAGGCAGCAACACUGGCAAGAUGGGGAUCAGUAUGGGAGCCAUGGUAGUAGGUCUCAACCAAAUUACCAUCAAGAAAACUCCUCCCGUUAUCAGAGGCCACAUUAUGACCGAUACUGA